AUGACGACUGGAUUGCGCAUCGCAGAAAAUCUCGCCACAUCACACCUCGCCACAUCACUCCACGCCACUCCUUGCCACAUCACUUCACACCACAUCAUAUCACGCCACACCACAUCACACCUCGCCACAUCACACCUCGCCACAUCACUCCACGCCACAUCACACCUCGCCGCGCCACAUCACAUCACACCACGCCACAUCACACCUAGCCACGCCACAUCACACCUAGCCACGCCACAUCGCAUCUCGCCAUGCCACACCAUGCCACCUCACACCACGCCACAUCACACCUCACCACACCUCGCCACAUCACUCCACGCCACACCUUGCCACCUCACUUCACACCACAUCACACCUCGCCGGGCCAUAUCACGCCUCACCACAUCACACCACGCCACAUCGCACCUCGCCAUGCCACCUCACACCUCAGAUCACGCCACAUCACACCUCACCACAUCACACCUCGCCACGCCACCUCACACAUCACACCUCGCUACAUCACGCCACAUCACACCUCGCCACGCCACACCACAUCACACCAUGCCACCUCACACCCCGCCACGCCACAUCACGCCACACCUCGCCACAUCACACCACACCACAUCUCGCAACGCCACAUCACACCUCGCUACAUCACGCCACAUCACACCUCAUCACACCACAUCACACCAUGCCACCUCACACCCCGCCACGCCACAUUACACCUCUCCACAUAUCGCCACAUCACAUCACUUCACACCACACCUUAUCACACCUCGCAAUGCCACAUCACACCAUGCCUCGCCACACCACAUCACGCCACACCUCAUCACAUCACACCUCGCCACACCACAUCACGCCACACCUCGCCACAUCACAUCACACCUCGCCACACCACAUCACGCCACACCUUGCCACAUCACAUCUCGCAACGCCACAUCACACCAUGCCUCGCCACACCACACCACAUCACGCCUCGCCACACCACAUCACGCCACACCUCGCCACUCCACAUCACACCUCGCCACAUCACUCCACAUCACUCCACAUCACUCCACAUCACACCUCGCCACAUCACUCCACUCCUUGCCACAUCACGCCACACCACAUCACACCUUGCCACAUCACACCUCGCCACAUCACUCCACGCCACACCUUGCCACCUCACUUCACACCACACAUCACACCUCGCCGCGCCACAUCACGCCUCACCACAUCACACCACAUCACACCUAG